UUCUUUUGUCGAAAGAUAAGAUCAAUUAAAGAAGUUACUUCAACAAAGUUUAAUCAAUAUGAAAAUUUAUUACAAUAAAAAUUACGAGGAAAUUAACAAUUUAAAAUUAUAUCGAUUUUGAGUGCGUAGUGUUUAAAAAAAUUAUUGACUUGAUUUGGAAGAUCCUCGUUUGCUUGGAGCGUUUUGUGGAUACUGUGGUUGACUAAUCUGCAUCGAGAAUUUGGUUAUGAAUUUUGAUGUUGAGACAAUUAGACACGAGUGUCACAAGAGGACUUCAAACCGAGUCUGUAAAGAAGCCUUUUAAGAUGGAUAGGACAGGAUGGAGGAAGGCGGCUGCACUCUGGCCUAAACUAAGGCAAGAAAAUGAGCCCAACAUCGAAAUCUCGUGGUCCUUUUCGAAUUUCAAGGCAGGGAUGUACGCCAGGUGUGUGCUCAUAUUUGAAUUUUUGUGAACUGGUUAUUGCUGUAAUUAUCUUUAAGAAUUCUUUACAUUUGUCAUCCGAUUACAAUGUACAUUAAAUAUGACCUAAUCUUAUUUUUACUGUCAUUCUUAACUGUCAUUUAAACAAUUCCAUCCCAUUAAAUCAAAGAUUUUUUUACACUGGUCUUAUAAUCAGUUUUAAGAGCGGGGUAAAAUAGAAAAUAUUAGAAGCUUAGACUAUCGUCACAAAGCUGAGGAAAACAUUCAUAUUUUGCAGACUUUUAUAAAAAGAAGACUCGUUAGGGGUAAAUGUCUAGCCAUCUAUCAUUGCGAAUGAAUAAAGAUAAUAUCCCUUUCAAUUAAAUAUUUGACAUAUAUAAGAAAUUAUUUAAAUCAUUGAAUAGGAUUUAGUGAAGUUUGCAAUAGCAUUUAGAGAAAAUCUGUAUUUCCUUAUGAUUUUCAAUGACACAACAAGGUAAGUAAUUACUGAAUUUUAUCUACAGAUUUUGCAUAUUAAUUUUUCUAAUAUAAAAUCAUAAGUUAGAUGAUAAAUUUAAUUGGGACAAAUCUAUAUAAAAUCCAAAUGUCGAGGCCCUUUUCAAACUUCAAGCCAGUGACUAGGUUCAGAGUGCAGCAGCCGGAAUCUUCCCAUCGCAGACUUGUCCUUCAAAGUUUUGCUUGUAUCCAUGGCUGGUUCAAAGAGAGGUAAACAACCCAAGGGCAAAGGAAAACAUAAAUCACAUAGUUCUGAUACAAUCGACAAGGAGCCUGAAUCAAGUAUAAGUAAUGCAGUGAGCACAAGUACAUCCGGAUAUGACGAAAAAGAACUAGAGGGAUUUCUUUAUAUCAAGCUUGAAACAUUAUAUGCUAAAGCCAGAGAUUCGUUACUCAAAACCGGAUAUAGUCUGGCAGAAAUAGAAAAGGCAAUCUUGAGUGCUGGGUUUAUCCAUGGCCAAAUGGAUCCUCUCAGUAACAUUGUGACAAACUCGAUUGCUUUCAUCGAAAAAAGGAUUGAGUUCAAAAGACAAGCUUUCAAAGACAUAGAUGAAUUAUAUAAAUCAAUGUUCGAAGCUCUGGUCGAUUCUGUCGUGCGGACUCGCCCAGUCAUACGAAGGUAUGAUGCCAUGUGGCAUCUUUUAGUAACGAAGUGGGGUCCUGUUCCACCUACCACCGAGAUUUCUGAUAGCAUUCCAGCUCACGGGUCUUAUGAAAAGGUGGGAAUUAUGAAAAGAAUAAAUUAUACACCUUUACAAGAAUCUUAUUUGGCAUUUAAUGUCCUUAGCCUGAGAGAUGAUAUGCUGAGGAAAGCUGGGGAUCCAGUUAUUACGCAAGAUGCUAUUACAAGUGAUAUUGUGUGUGCUGACUUUCUCGCACCCACAACAGGCUGUUCCUAUGAGACAUAUCUCGACCAAUGUCUGGACAGCAAUUCCGAUGAACCGAAAAAUGCUCUGAUAGUAGAUCUGGUAAAAAGUACCAGAGACUUGGAAGAAAAAGCGAAGGAGCAGAAAGAAUGGGCUCAGAGGAAAGUGGUAGAUACAGCGAGAAGGUUAAGUAAAAAUUUCAUGGAACUGAAUCUUUUAAGGAGGGAGGCGUGUUCGGAAAAGGAUAAGAUGAAAGAUGAAAAACUGCAUGCUGAAAAAGAACACAUGUUGAAGCUCACAGCGAUGGAACAGUAUUUCCGCAAAGUGAAUUUUGAAGCAAACUUCGUCACUGAUUCUGUAAGAAGGCUGGAGACCCAAAAUGCCCAGAUAAGAGCAGACGCUGAAGCUGUUAAGUUGAAUGGAUCCGAGACCGAGAGGGAAUUGAAAGAAAGCCUUAAGCGGGAAAAGAAAUGGAAGAAAAAGCUUUCGGAUGCUGGAAAGCAGAUUAGCAAUUACCGAUCGCAGCGCGACGAAGAAAAGCAGAAGGGGAUGCAGAUGAAACUGGAGUUGCUUCAAGCUAACGAAGAAGCCGAGGAAGCUGAGGUAAAUUAUUCAUUCCAUUGAAUUAUAUCUACUAAUUAUCUAUGUUAAUUCUGAUUGGCUGGUAAUUCUUUUACAUCUCUGAAAUAACGUAGUGGUAAACAUUUUUAUGUUGCUCUCUUUUGCGUUUCCAUUCCUUCCCUAGAUUUGCAUUUUUUUUUUAUGACAAAAAGAUAGUACUCCUUGAUGCUAUAUGAUAUUUGUUUUUUUUUCUUUUUGACAUGAUUAUAACCUUAUGGAUAAAAAAAUUGAUUCGAAAUUAUGCAUCUUCACACCUGUGGGAAUAUGUUAAAAUUCAAAAUCCAUUUAUCAUAAGCGUGUGCGUGAUAAUUGUUUUCAACUAAGCCUAUGUGUAGUGGUGGGGAGAUAUUUUAAAAUUGCAGAUCAUAAGAUGUGUUCAAAUUCUUUUUGGUUAUUCAUAUUAAAGCUAAUUAUCGCUGGACGAAACACAUAUUUUUGUUAAGAAUCAACCAAUGAGUAAAUUAUGUUCGAACACCGAAAACAUAAUCCU